GCCCUCAUUCUCACUCUCCCUUUUAUUUCAGCAGCACGCUGCAAUCUCAGAGUCCUCCUUUAAGUGCUUUUUUCUCCCCUGCUCUCGCUGCAGCUCUGCGUGGAUUACAGCAGUCAUGUUAAGAAACUCUGUUUUCUCCUGCUUUGUUUUCUACGGCGUGCUGCUGGUGUUAAAGAUGUACGUAAUAGCGGUCAUAACGGGACAAAUAAGACUGCGUAAAAAGGCUUUUGCCAACCCCGAGGACGCGCUGAGACACGGAGGUUUACAGUAUCACAGAGAAGAUCCAUAUGUGGAAAGAUGCCGGAGAGCUUGUGCACCGACCCGGUCCGUGGCCUACACCUUAGCUCAGAUUCCCUGUGUGUCCAUGGCCGUACAGAUCCUGAUGGCAGUCAAAUCAUAUGCCUAAAAACACUAAUAAAUCAAAAACAAAAUAAAUCCAGGAACAAGGGACUGAACUAACAGCUGUGAUCUGAGACUCAAGAUGGCUCAUUAUGUGUGACCUGUGUCAGAAAGUAGUGGGAGAAGGAUUCCUGUUGCACUUCCUGUAAAGACAAGUGAAAGUGCAAUACAAGGUCUCUGAUAACACCAGUGCUGGGUUUUGAGAUUGAUUAUCAGUAUUUUUUUUUUCUUCUUUUUGGCAAAGUUUGAAAUAUAACAGUGUCUUAUAAAGAUAUCUGAAGCUGACAUCACAUGCAGUAGAUGCAAUCGAGGUUGCUCCCUUUUUUUU